AUGACAGUAAAGAAAAUAGCUAUUCUUUAUACAGAUGAAGAUAACGAAUGGAGUAAACCUUGGGGCAAUUUUGUUGACAUGGCUAUCAAUCUAUUGGAACAAACUAAGAAGCUGGAAUGUGUUAAAGAUGAAGUGGACUAUGAAGUCUUCCAUGUGCAAAAUGAUGUGUUUCCUCAAUUGUCGAAUUUUCAAAAAGAUGAAUAUUUGGGCGUAUACAUCACUGGUUCAAAAUAUGAUUCUUUUGACAAAGAAAUUAAAUGGAUUAUUAAGUUAAGGAGUUUAUUGAAGAAGAUGCUAACCAGCAAGAUUGAAUAUCCACCUGUCGCAGGAAUAUGUUUUGGCCACCAAGUUAUUGCAGCUGCGUUAGGCAGCUCUGUUGGUCGGAACCCAAAAGGCUUCGAAGGUGGGGUCGUACCGUUGAGAUUGAACCUAGUAGGCCAAGAGUUAUUUGGUACCCAAGAAUUAAAUCUUUCUGAAGUUCAUAGUGACUGUGUGUUCGAUGUCCCAGAGGGGUACCAAAAUUGGGCGUCAAGCGAGAAAUGUCCCCAUCAAGGGUUCUAUAAGCAAAAUAAAGUACUGACGUUUCAAGGGCAUCCUGAAUUUAAUAGUGAAGUCGCACAGAAGGGACUGUUAAAGUCUCAAGACAAGCUUGGUCUUGAAGAAUUUAAUAGGUAUGAAAGACAGUGCAGAGAGCUGGAUAAUAAUGGUAUACAGGCCGCCAGAAGUAUUUGGAAGUUAUUUUUGCAAAAAAUAUGA